AUGCAGGUGCCGGUUUGGGUGGCGGUGUUCUCCGUUCUGGCGGCGGCGCAGGCCGCGAGAAUCCUAGUCGUGCUACCAACUAACACUAGAAGCCACUAUGCCAUGUAUGGGAAAUUAGUAGAAGCACUAACGAAACGGCGACAUCACCUAACUGUCAUUAGUCAUUUUCCCAUGAAAAAUUCUCCGCCUAAUUAUGAAGAAAUCAGUCUCGCUGGGACUAUACCCGAAAUAACCAACAACCUAACCAAAAAAAAUUACUCUUGGAAACCAGACAUAGUUCAGAACUUGGAGAGCAUUAUGAAUGAAUGCGUGCAGGCCUGCGAUGUCGUUUCAAGAAUACCGGCCGUGAAAGCGCUCAUUAAUUCGUCGGCAACGUUUGAUUUGGUAAUCGUUGAAGUCUUCGGAAGUGAUUGCUUCCUUCCUUUAGGACAAAGAUUUCAAGCUCCAGUUGUUGGACUUUUAUCUAGUGUACCACUACCAUGGUUCAACGAACAAUUGGGUAAUCCAGAAGCUACUGCUUAUGUACCAGCUUACAUGACUGGCUUUGGACAGCAUAUGACAUUAUGGGAGAGAUUUGCUAAUACGAUGUCAGUGAUCGGGGCAAAGAUUUUAUAUAAAUACAAGUCUCAGCUUCCUUCCCAAGUGAUAGCUGACAGACUGUUUGGAUUUGGAACUAAGUUGGACAGUUUGGCAAAAAAUUACAGUUUAGUAAUAUCAAACAGUCAUUUCAGCAUAAAUGACGUUCGUCCAUUAGUACCCGCCUUAAUAGAAGUUGGAGGGUUACAUUUAGACGAAUCUCAAAAACUUAGUGGGGAAUUAAAAUCACUUCUGGAUGCAUCAAACGAAGGAGUGAUCUAUUGGAGUUUUGGUUCUAUGUCGAGAAUAGAAACUAUUCCUCGUAAUAAAUUGACAGAGAUCUUCGAGGCAAUGUCGGAACUCAGUCAAACUGUACUGGUGAAAAUGGAUCGGAAAAGGCUCGCCGCCAACCUUACUGUACCUGACAAUGUUUACACUAUGGAUUGGAUACCGCAGUACGCGACGUUGUGUCAUCGUAACGUAAAAUUGUUCAUCUCCCACGGAGGUUUGCUUGGCACACAAGAAGCAGUGGCGUGUGGCGUGCCGAUGUUAACAGUGCCCCUGUACGCUGACCAAGCCCUAAACGCACGCGCUAUGAGUGACCGAGGUGUUUCUAGGACUGUUCUAUUGAAGGAUUCCAACAAAUUUAACUGGAGAGAGGCACUUCGUGACUUACUGAGAAACACCAGGUACAAAGAGAACAUGUUGAAGUUAAGGGAAAUAUUUAUCGACAGACCUAUGCCGCCUUUAGAAACUGGUAUCUACUGGAUAGAAUAUGUCCUACGGCAUAAAGGCGCACCUCAUAUUAGGUCUCCGGCACUCGAUCUAACAUUAACUCAAUACCUUCUCCUAGACGUGGGUGUUCUAGGCAUCGCUAUCUCUAUAAUGACGAUAUAUAUACUCUAUAAACUGUUUAGGUAUCUCUGUACGAGAUGUAUUAAGUGGUUGCCCAAUGAGAAAAUUUCGUUAGAAAAAAGGGUUGGUAGAAAUUUCAGUGUGUUCCUUUGUUUACUUUGGAGGUUCAAACCUAAAACUAACUGA